CGCGCCCUGUCUCUCUAGUCACUGCAACGUGAGGAAAACAUGGGGAGGGAGUUAGUUUGACAUUCAAGUGCUGUUUAUCUCGUUUCACACGACACUAAAUGAGCCAUUUGUGAGCCAGAGUGUAACUUAUAAGCACACUGGGACUCUGUACGUAGAUAAAAGUGAGUCAGCCGGCUAACAUGGAUACCACGGGGGACAAUGCGAUUGAGCUCCACGGUGAUGAGGAAAUUAUUGAAGUCAUCGACCUAAACGACACUGAGCCUGGUCCUGAUGAUUUGGCUGAUGACUUGGGGGACGUUGACUUUGAAGAAGACCCUGGAAUCGCAGACGAUGAAGGCUGGGAGACGGAGGACGAGAUGGAAGCUGAGGCAGAGCAAGAUGACAGCGAGUUCACCUUCUCCAAACACACUGGCUCAGUGUUUUGCGUGAGUUUGGAUCCUGCCACGAACAGCAUGGCAGUAACGGGAGGAGAGGAUGAUAAGGCCUACGUUUGGAGGGUGAGCGACGGAGAAGUUCUGAUGGAGUGCACAGGUCACAAAGACUCUGUGACGUGUGCAGUGUUCAGCCAUGACUCCUCCAUGGUGGCUACGGGUGACAUGAGUGGCAUGAUUAAAGUUUGGAAAGUAGAAAGCAAAGAGGAGAUCUGGUCCUUCGAAGUGGGAGAUCUGGAGUGGUUGGAGUGGCAUCCGUGCGCUCCGGUGCUGCUGGCGGGGACAGACGACGGCAACAUGUGGAUGUGGAAGAUCCCUUCAGGAGACUGUAAAACCUUCCAGAGCUCUGCAUGCCAGGCCACCAGCGGCAAAGUCCUCCCCGAUGGUAAGCGGGCUGUGGUGGGUUAUGAGGAUGGAACAGUACGCGUGUGGGAUUUGAAGCAGGGAAACGCCAUCCACAUCGUUAAAGGACAGGACGGACACCAGGGGGCGCUGACCUGCCUGUCGUGCAACAAGGACGGCUCUCUGGUGCUGACGGGUUCAGUGGACGGCUGUGCCAAGCUCAUCAACACGGCCACGGGCAAGGUGGUCGGAUCAUUCCCUGCGGACGGCGGCAAAGCCAAAGGAUCUGAAGACGGAGAAGAAUCCAACUCUGUCGAAUCUGUGGGAUUCUGCAACAUCCUGCCUCUCAUAGCUGUGGCGUACCUGGACGGGACUCUGGCCAUUUACGACCUCUCCUCACAGGUCCUGAGGCACAGGUGCCAACAUGAGGCUGGCAUCGUUCACCUUCAGUGGGAAGAGUCUUCUUCUGUGGUGUCCACUUGCUGCUUAGACGGAGCGCUGCGCCUAUGGGACGCUCGUUCUGGAAACAUGGUGUCCGAGUACCGCGGCCACACUGCAGAGAUCCUCGACUUCACCAUCAACAGGGAAGCGUCUCUCGUAGUAACCGCUUCAGGAGACAACCAGGCGAAAGUCUUCUGCCUCCAAAGACCUGAUCGACAUGAGUAAAUGGAGGAGGUGAGUCAGUAUGGAAAAGACGGGACACUAAAGAAAGUGGAUCUUCCCAAAAGCUUGUGAUUGAAGGUAGAAGAUUGUAAUUGUGAAAGUGGUGAGUACAGUAAUAGUAGUUGGCCUUGUUUUAGAAAAGUCAAAAUUUUCUAAACUCUGCCUUUAAUACCAGAUUUAGUUAUUUUAAAAUCAUUUAAUAGAUCAGUUCAUCUAUUCUGCCCAAGGUACCAGCAGAUUUAAAAUAAUUACUCCUGUUGAAUUCCACCAUAAAGUGGCAAAAUGCAGUAAAAUAUAAUAACAUUUUAGAUCUCUUUUUUAAACUUAAUUUUCCAACAGUAUUAUACAUGAUAAUAUAAUGAGGUAUUUUUUUGACUUGAUAACCUGAAGUUAUUGUAUUUUGUGUUUGAAGAAUUGCAAAUUCAAAUUGUUCCAGAGCAAUUUAUUUGUGUUUAAAUGUGUGGGUGUGUUAUGUGACCUAUGGGUGCCUAACUCUUCUACUGUCCACUCAGAAUAAAGACAAAAUUCCCCAGAAAUAAACACAUAAUAAUAGAUAAAAAACAAGCAGUGGUAUAAAUGUAUUUGUGAACAACUAUGAAUCCUCCUGUGGACGCCCAUAAGUAGAGGCUGCUGUAUGAACAAAUCAUGAAUGACAAUAUAGUAAAACACAGUUAUAAUAAUAUAUCUUCA